AUUAAAUAAUGGCUUCAACAAAAGCUCUACUGUUCGCCUUCUUUUUCUUCUUCUUUUUGACUGGCCAACAGGAAGCUUUUGCUGCGAAAAAGUCAUAUGUAGUCUACUUGGGAGGUCAUUCUCAUGGUCCGGAAAUAAGUUUGAAUGAUCUUGAUCGGGUCACAAAUUCUCAUCAUGACUUGUUGGUUUCGAUCCUGGGAAGCAAAGAGAAUGCGAAAGAAGCCAUAAUUUAUUCAUACAAGAGACAUAUAAAUGGUUUUGCUGCCAUUCUCGAAGAGGAAGAUGCAGAGAAGAUUGCAAGGCAUCCGGCGGUGAUAUCAGUGUUCGAAAAUAAAGGGAAAAGUUUGCAUACAACUCGUUCAUGGACGUUUAUGAUGCUUGAGGAUGCCAAUGGGGAAGUUUCUGAUGACUCACUUUGGACCCGAGCCAAUUUUGGAAGAGACGUCAUCAUUGCUAACCUCGACACUGCAAAAAGUUUCAACGACCAUGGAUUCGGUCCAAUUCCAUCAAAAUGGAAAGGCAUUUGUCAGAAUUCCAGCAUAAUCCAAUGCAACAAGAAACUGAUUGGAGCAAGGUACUACAAUAAAGCAUAUCUAGAACUAGAAUCCAACGCCACCGUCACCCUGAGCCCUGAUAGGUUCUCCGCCCGGGACUACGAGGGGCACGGGACCCACACCCUCUCCACCGCCGCCGGCAACUUUGUGACCAAUGCCACCAUCUUGGGUACCCCUCUCGGCACCACCAAAGGCGGGUCUCCGGCUGCCAGGGUGGCUGCUUACAAAAUUUGCUGGCCAUCGAAAGUCGGGGGAUGCUACGAAGGCGAUAUCUUAGCGGCGUUUGACCAGGCCAUUCACGACGGCGUCGACGUGAUUUCCUUGUCGGUUGGCGGCACUGCAAAUGAUUACCUCUAUGACGGACUUGCCAUUGGUGCUUUCCAUGCUAUCCAGAACAACGCGGUGGUUGUCGCGUCGGGCGGGAAUUCCGGGCCAGAUCCAUGGACUGUGUCUAACGUGGCUCCUUGGUUUAUCACCGUUGCCGCGAGCACCAUUGAUCGCACGUUUCAAUCCAACGUCCAUCUUCAAAAUGGAAUCAUCCUCAAGGGAGAGAGUUUUUCUACCACAAAGACAGAGAAGAAAUUCUACCCUUUGAUUUACGCUGCAAAUGCCGGAAAUGCUAAUUCCUCCGUCAAAGAUGCAGAACUAUGUUCUCCCGGCAGUCUUGACCCGGAGAAAGUUAAAGGAAAGAUAAUUGUAUGCUUGAGAGGUGAGUCAGCCAGAGUGGCGAAAGGAGUCGUAGCUGCUCAGGCCGGCGCCGUUGGGAUGAUUCUAUGUAACAAUGCCGCCGCCGGGAACGGUAUUAAUGCCGAUCCCCAUUUCCUACCGGCCACACACAUCACUUACCAUGAUAGUCUUCCCCUCCUUUCCUACAUCAACUCCACCAAGGAACCAAAGGCUUAUAUACAACCUCCUGAAAUACUAUUCGACAAUAAGCCGGCUCCACAGCUAGCUGAUUUCUCUUCUAGAGGUCCUAAUCCAAUUAAUCCUGAGAUUAUCAAGGUCGAACUCGUGACAACAUGA